AACAUAAAAAAACAUACAAGAACACGACUCUCUCGAUCUCUUUCUUCAAGAGAAUGGGAAGCAUCCAUGAGUGGAGGAAACCCAGAUUUCUUUGCCUUCAUGGUAUGAGAACUAAUGCAGAUAUUCUCAAGAAAGAAUUGGUCCGUAAAUGGGACUCAGUCGUCCUAGAUAAACUCGACCUCGUCUUUGUGGAUGCCCCUUUUCCAUGUCUGGGCAAAUCCGAUGUCGAGGGGAUUUACGACCCUCCUUAUUAUGAAUGGUUCCAUAUGGAUAAGGAAAUGACACAAACACCCCAGAAAGUGAGUGAAUGUAUAGCAUAUGUGGAAGACUGCAUGAUCAAAUAUGGACCUUUUGAUGGCCUUCUUGGUUUCUCCCAAGGUGGAAUGUUGGCAGGAGCCUUGCCUAUCUUACAAGAAAAGGGUUUAGUUUUGACCAAAGUUCCAAAGAUUAAAUGUGUGAUAAUAAUAGGAGCGGCAAAAAUAAGCAGGGACAAAUUUUUAGCCGAAAAUGCAUAUGAUCCACAAAUCAGGUGCCCAUCUGUUCAUAUCAUUGGGAAGGGAGAGGGCUUCAGGGAAUCAGCAAUACAACUCGUUGAAUGUUAUGUUGAUCCCAUAGUCAUUCAUCAUCCCAAAGGCCAUACCAUUCCCAGACUUGAUGACAAAAGUUUGGGGGAAAUGCUUUCAUUCAUCGAGAGGAUCGAAAGGGAUAUUAACAAAACAGAAAGAUCAUCCUUAAGGCAUAAAUCCAAGUUAUAACCAAACCUCUAAAAUUAAUUAGUACUUAUAUAUGGUUGUUGGAAUGGUGGCUCAACUCUUAUGAAUGUUGAAACUUGAAACGGGCGGAAAAUCUGAUGUCAAACGUUGUAAGGUGACUUAUUAAUAAUGAAUAAUGAUCGAAGGAAAAAUAGCCAUAUUUUUUGUAUUAAGAAAACAAAUGUAGUAGCAUAUAUGUGUAUGUGUGUCUCGAGAUGUUAAAGUGUAAAGAUGCCUUUACAUUUGAAUUUGGUCACUUUAUAAUCAUAAGUAAGUGCAACUCAAAUGUGUAAUAUUUAAUAACAAAAGUGAUUGUGUUGCAUUAUAAGUGCAUUUCAUCAAUUUAUCAAAUAUAUAAUUCUAAUUCU